AUGGAUCCAAGAACUCCUCAGACUGGUAUUUAUCCCCAACAAUAUUCAAAUGCAGAUGAUCAAAAUAAUGCGCAUUUACAAGCUUAUAGUAGCAACUCAAACCCUAUGAUGUCAAUUGCGGAAACUAGGUCUGUUUAUCCAGUACCAGUGUCAUCUAAAACAAUAUCCAAAGCAAGAUUGCAUUCCAAAGUUAAUGGUCCAGGAUGUGCAGGAGUUGAAAAACCAAUAAUUACAAGAGUUCAAAUUACUGAAGAAGCUAAAAGACAAUUUGAAAUUUUUUUUGCUGACAAAAAUAUUGUCAAUUUAAGUUCUUAUAGA